GCGAGGCCCGGGGAGAAUUCAAAACGAAACAGACUAUAACCGUGCCUGAUGCAACCAGCGCAGAACACGCACGCGCUCUAGGCUUUCGCUUCUUUUUUUCUCCUUGCGCCCGCCCGAUUUUUAUUUUAAGCCGGUAAUUCGGCUGGAGGGGACGCGGUCACCUGCCUCAGGUUUAACUUGGCUGCGUCUUGUUGGGUAAUGCGCACGCGCCACACCACAGGAAGGCGUUUGAAUCGUGAAAGGAAGACCGCGCGUGCGCGAUUGUGAUCGAAUUGUCCCGCGCCUGGACGGGCCGUAAAGAAAAGAAAAGUUUUUGGUCUGGGUGGAAAAACAACAACAACAACACAGAAGCGGGCGGGGGAAAAAUGGCUGUUGGUUUCGGGUCGUUGCUACGCGAGUGCCCGCUUCUUCUGCCCCAGAACCGGGAAGGGAGCGUCUAUGAGGGCUUCAUCACCGCCCAGGGUAGAGACUUUCACAUACGGAUAUUGUUACCACUGGAUCUUCAGUUGAAAAAUGCCAGGAUACAGUGCAGCUGGCACCUGAAAAAUUUGUUGGAUGGAUAUCAGCAAAUUCUAAAGCAGAGGUUGCAGCACUCUUUGGAUCUAGUCAGUUUCUUGGUGGAGUUGAAGACUAUUUUGGAAGUUGCUUUGAAAAAAACACAGGAACUGCAUGAAACACCACCUCCAGACUAUUACGCUGGCCUCAUCAGAGAUAUAGAAACUUUGGGAUGGAAUAAGGUUGAGUUUGUAGAUCCUGAUUUUAGUACCAUCAGGUUAAAAGCAGAAGAUUCUUGUGGCCGGGAUCAUGCAAUCACUUUGAAAUUGAAUCCAAAGUAUCCUACAGAACCACCAGAUUGUCUUGUGGACUUACCAGUCCAGUUCUCUAUCUCUUGGACUCCACGGAGCUCCUUAUUAAGCAUUCACAGUCAGUUCUUGGCAGCAUUAGAAUCAUUGAAGGAGUUUUGGAAUGCUCUAGAUGAAAUUGAUGAGAAGACCUGGGUACUUGAGCCAGAAAAACCCACACGGAGUGCCACAAUGCGAAGGAUUGCAGUUGGAAACAAUGUUUCAGUGAACAUAGCGGUAGAUCCCAGACACCCCACCAUGUUUCCUGAGUGUUACUUUCUUGGUGCAGACCACGUGGUAAAUCCCUUGAAACACAAGCUGAACAGCAACAUACACCUGUGGGAUCCAGAAACCAGUUUAUUACAAAAUUUGAAAGAAGUUUUAGAAAUUGAUUUUCCAUCUCGAGAAGCUCUAAAAAAAUCUGACUUCUCUAUGGAUUGUGGGAUCUGCUAUGCCUAUCGGCUUGAUGGUACUAUUCCAGACCAAGUCUGUGAUGACCCCCGCUGUGGCCAGCCUUUCCAUCAAGUUUGUUUAUAUGAGUGGCUGCGUGGACUCCCUUCUUGUCGACAAAGUUUUAAUGUCAUGUUUGGUGAAUGUCCAUAUUGUAACAAGCCAAUAACACUGAAAAUGUCUAUGAAGAAAGUCUGAAAUGGAAUUUCAGAGAACUUGUAACUACAUAUCCAUGCAGUCUAAAAACACUAACACAUUAGAGACGGUAUCAAAGGAAAUAAAGAGAAAGCAAUAUUAAGAAGAAGAGGAUGGUGAUGGCUAUAAUGUAUUGGUACAAUUCUUCACGUAGUCCAGACUGUGAAGUGAUGCAUACAGAAGAGCUAGUCAAAGUCUGAAAAUGUUCUGGUUGACAGGUUGGUGAAUAUGUAAUUCCAUUUUCUGUGGAUUUUUCUUCAAUUUGUUGGAAGCUGUUGCAGAGACACAUUCUGUGUGGUGGUUCUCUACGUUCCUGAGGAAGAAGAAAAAUUUGCCCAUCAUUUAACAGAUUUGAGUAAGAACAAAUAUUUUGCUCUGGUGCUCCACCUUACAGAGCACAAAGAUUGUGGGAUUUCCUAAGAUAAAAGUUGGUUUUGUGGGCAGGGAACAUGGUUUUUUAAAAAGCUUAUUUAUGUUUUUUGUAUAACCAUAACAAUAAUAAGCCAUGCUGAUACAAAAA